AUGGUGCAGCUUCUUCCCAACCUAAUUUCGGAUGAGCAGGCUGGUUUUGUUAAAGGGAGAAGCAUUGUGGAGAAUGUAUUACUUACCCAAGAGAUUAUCACUGAUAUAAGAUUGAGAACUAAGGCAGUGCUACUUAAUGGUCAAACAUUUGAAUUCUUCAAAUCAACUAGAGGAGUCAAGCAAGGAGAUCCUUUGUCUCCUACUUUGUUCAUAUUGGCAGCGGAGGCUCUGUCAAAGGGGCUUAAUUCACUUAACAGGAAUCCAUACUUUUGUGGUUUUGGAUUUCUUAAAUGGAGCCCUAAAAUUAAUCAUCUAUCUUAUGCUGAUGAUACUAUCAUUUUCUCAUCUUCAGAUACUACUUUUUUGAGGCUUAUUAUGGAGGUUCUUGGGGCUAUGAAGUUUCCUCUGGACAGCUAA